AUGACGACCAACUUCACUCAUCAUCCGACCUCAGUUAGUUUUCACCAUCGGCUACCAAAGAUAGAUCUACCAAAGUUUAACGGUGAUGAAUCGCGAUGGAUUUCUUUCCGUGAUAACUUUCUGUCUAUGAUCCAUUGCAACGACGACAUUCCAACAGUCAACAAGUUGCAUUAUUUGUUACAAGCAUUGGAGGGUGACGCGAAGAAGCCAUUUGAAACCGUCGAUGUGCAGUCGGAUAACUACGCGUCGACGUGGGGUGCCCUGUUGAAGCGAUACGAUAACAAAAGAUAUUUAAAAAAGGAGCUGUUUCGAGGCUUAUUCGAACUCCCACCGAUGAAACGCGAGUCAGCACAGGAACUAAACACGUUAGUUGACGACUAUCAACGACAUGUGAAAGCUUUGGAAAAGCUAGGAGAACCUGUCACAAAUUGGGAUACUCCGCUCAUCUACAUAUUGACCAGCAAGUUAGAUUCCGCUACUGUUCGAGCAUGGGAGCAUGAAACUCGCCAGAAGGAUGAAGUUACAUACGAGGAACUUAUCGAAUUCUUGAUUCAACACAUUCGUAUGCUCAAAUCAGUAUCCAGUGAUCUUCAUCACCGUUCACAAGCGGGUUGCGUCAAGGUGGGCGGACCAAGCCAAAGGAAAGUUUUCACUGUUAAGUCAGUAGUUAAUGCAGCAACCACAGAGUCCAAGAUGAACGCUCCACAAUGUCCUGCGUGCACUGAAAAGCAUUUACUACAUCAAUGUUCGAAGUUUGUCAAACUAUCAAUUCCUCAGCGCCGAGAGCUAAUUAGCCAAAGCAGUUUAUGUUGGAACUGUUUUCGAUCAAAUCAUCAAGCACGAAAUUGUAAAUCUAAGUUUUCUUGUAGAACCUGUCAUGCCAGACACCAUACGUUAUUGCACAGCGAAGCUGCAAACACAAAGAUAUCAUCAACUCCUAUUAUCACGACAGAUAUACCCGAUUCGCAACCUGCUCCGUCCUCGUCAGUGUGUGCAAAGGCAUCUGGAUCAGCGCAUCCACCAGAAGUUAGUUUAUCCAUCCAAUCGAAUCAUAGCACGGUCCUACUGGAAACGGUUGCACUGCAUGUCGUUGAUAACCACGGUAGAGAAACUCCAGUGAGAGCUCUACUGGAUUCUGCCUCCAUGUCCAAUUUUAUCACUAAGAAACUGGCAAACACUCUUGCUAUCCGUCCAAGUUCCGUAGAUAUCUCAGUAGCUGGAAUAGGAGAUUCCGUCAAGCAAAUCAAGCGGCAAAUAACAGCCACAAUCAAAUCAAAAACUACUGCAUAUUCUACGACACUACAAUUCCUUGUGAUGAAAAAACCAACCGCCAAUCUGCCUACGAUACCAAUAAACACUAGUGCGUGGAAAAUGCCAGAUGUAUGUUUUGCUGAUCCACAUUUUAAUAUACCAGGUAUGAUUGAUAUAAUCAUCGGUGGGGAGUGCUAUCACGAAAUUCAUACUGGAAAUCGCAUAUCCAUCGGCGAUGGUUUUCCACUCUUAGUUGAUACACUUUUCGGGUGGACAGUGUCAGGCAAGGUAUGCACGACUUCCGCUAACGCUCCACCGUUAUGUUAUAUAUCUACCGUCGAUCGUACUCUCGAAACUGCGUUGCAACGAUUUUGGGAAUUCGAAACCAUAGAUCAUGGCUCAACGUACUCCGCUGAAGAAAGAAGAUGUGAAGAAGUAUAUGCUAGCACCACCACUCGAAAUCACACUGGAAGGUUCGUCGUACGCCUUCCUCGGUCCGAAGAUCCGCAAGUCACCCUCGGCGAUUCGCGCGCGAUCGCUACUAGAAGAUUUUAUAGCCUUGAAAGACGCCUCGAGAAAAAUGCCAGCAUAAAAAACGCUUACCACAAAUUCUUGGAAGAAUAUGCCCAUCUAAAUCACAUGAGAAAGAUUGAGCGUAUUGAUGACGACAAGCCGCAUUGUUACCUCCCUCAUCAUCCGGUAUUUAAGGAGACAAGCAGUACCACCAAGGUUCGCGUGGUUUUCGACGCCUCAUGCAAGACCACGUCCGGGUUUUCGUUGAACGAUACACUUCUCGUUGGUCCAGUCGUACAGCAGGAUUUGCUCUCGAUUGUGAUACGUUUCCGUACUCGAGCUAUAGCUAUUGUGGCGGACAUUGAAAAGAUGUACCGCCAAAUUGAAGUAUAUCCUGAAGAUCAAUGCUUUCAACGCAUUCUUUGGCGCGCAAGCCCUAUCGAGCCUCUCGAAACGUACGAACUUUGCACGAUCACCUAUGGAACAGCCUCCGCCCCAUUUCUCGCUACAAGAACGUUGCAAAGGCUUGCACAAGAAGAAGGAAAUCUUUAUCCAGCAGCAAUUGAAGCCGUCACAGAAGACUUUUAUGUCGAUGAUUUACUCUCGGGUUCGGAUGAUCUUCAAUCCGCUAUACAAAAGCGCCAACAAAUAUCCGCCAUGCUCGAAUCAGCCGGUCUUCCAAUCAAGAAAUGGGCAUCCAAUGUGCCAGAAGCUCUUGUGGGUAUUGUUCAAAAGGAUCUAGCUAUUCAAACACUGCACGACCUGCAAGCCGAUCAGUCGGUGUCCACACUGGGGCUCGUUUGGGACACAAAUCCAGAUAUACUUCGAUUCAAGGUCCAGCUUCCACUUCCAGCACCGAUUCUAACGAAGCGGAAGGUAAUUUCAUAUAUCGCCAAAAUUUUCGACCCUCUAGGCCUUGUUGGUCCGGUUAUCGCCACUGCCAAGAUGUUCAUGCAGAGACUUUGGAAAUUGAAAACCGAAGAUAAGAAACCCUUUGAGUGGGACAAGCCGCUCCCGCAAAAACUGCAAGAUGAUUGGAAACGAUUUCACGCCACACUUAACGUUUUAGACCAACUCCGAAUACCUCGUUAUGUCGCACUUCCAGGUGUUUCCAUAGUCGAGCUUCACUUCUUCUGUGAUGCGUCAGAAUCCGCAUACGGUGCUUGCUGUUUCGUUAGUUCCGAGAACGCAGAUGGUGUGAAGGUCCAGUUACUAACAUCAAAAUCCAAAGUAGCUCCCAUCGCCACGAAACAUUCGAUUGCGCGACUCGAGCUAUGUGCAGCUGUAUUAGCAACGAAAUUGUAUCAAAAGGUUACUCAAGCCAUUAAAACUCCAUCUAAGACAUGUUUCUGGUCGGAUUCUACCACAGUGCUUCAAUGGAUCAAGUCAUCACCGAAUCGUUGGAAGACAUUUGUAGCCAACCGCGUCUCUACGAUUCAAACAUCCACAAAUGGGUGUACAUGGAUGCACGUGCCGGGUACUGAAAACCCUGCUGACGAAUUGUCUCGCGGACUACAUCCUGCAGACCUCUUAUCUCGAUCAAGAUGGUGGAAUGGGCCAGUCUGGUUGUCUCUUUCUUCGAGUUACUGGCCAAACGCAUCAGUAGUUGAUAACGAGUCUGUAACUGCAUUAGAAGAAGCCCGGAAGGUAGCCUUAGUCUCAAUUGCUCCAAUUGAGCCCAAUUUUGCGGAUCGUCUGUUUGCGCGUUAUUCAUCUUACACGAAAUUACGUCGUGUGGUAGCAUACUGCAUAAAAUAUAUCCGCUCAUUGCGAUCUGUAGCACAAAGAUCGACAAUAGAUGCAUCGAUUGUCCUCACCACAACAGAGCUGUUCGCUGCUGAUCAGGCACUAAUUCGCUUAGCGCAAUCUCAGCUAUACUCUGAAGAACUAAUCAACCUAAGUAGCCCGUCCAACGGAACAGAAACGUUGAAGUCGUCUCCUUUAAAAUGGUUGAAGCCAUUCUUAAGUACAGAUGGUAUAAUUCGCGUAGGAGGACGCCUAUCGAAUGCGGAAAUUCGUGAAAGUGUUAAGCAUCCCGUUGUGCUUGCCGCUAAGCACCCUCUAGCUGAGCUUAUAGCUAACCAUUACCACAAGGUUCUUCUACACGCUGGCCCACAGCUAAUGCUUUCAACAAUUCGUCAAAGGUUCUGGAUCCUUGGAUGUAGAAACUUAGUUCGUCGUACAUAUCAUCGGUGCAUCAAAUGCUUCCGACAGAAACCGAUGCUUGUACAACAAUCCAUAGCAGAUUUGCCUAAAUCGAGAGUCACACCCGCACGUCCAUUCUCAAUAAGCGGCGUUGACUAUUGCGGCCCAGUAUUCCUGAAAUCUCCAAUACGCAAUCGUUCACCAACCAAAUCGUAUAUUACCAUCUUCAUAUGCUUCGCGACGAAGGCCGUCCACAUUGAGUUGGUAUCGGAUCUGUCUACACCGGCGUUCAUUGCAGCUCUUCGUCGAUUCGUUGCUCGUCGAGGCCUGGUUAGUGAAAUUCACUCUGACAAUGGUACCGCAUUUAAAGGAGCCGCCAAUAAGCUUCACCAUGUAUAUGAGAUGUUGAAAUCAACGGAUAGCAACCGAAAUCAAAUCUUCGACUGGUGUGUGAACAACGAGAUCCAGUGGAAAUUUAUACCUCCACGAGCUCCACACUUUGGUGGGCUACGGGAGGCCGCUGUAAAGUCCGCCAAGCAACAUCUCUUGCGAGAGAUAGGUCACAUCAGCAUCAACCAGGAAGAUAUGCUAACGUUGCUGGCACAGAUUGAAAUGUGUCUCAACUCAAGACCUGUGACUCCGAUUCCAUCCACUCCUGUUGAUCUCGAAGCCCUAACUCCGGGACACUUUUUAAUUGGCUCAAAUCUACAAUCGAUACCUGACAUAAAUGUAGCCAACAUUCCAGAUAACCGCCUGGAUCAUUGGCAGCGUACACAGAAGCUGUUCCAACGUAUAUGGGCUCGCUGGUAUCCGGAGUAUCUCACUCAGUUACACUCUCGAGCAACGAAGGGUUGCAAACCUGCAGUUCAAAUUGAAGUAGGACGAAUUGUAGUCAUCAAGGACGACAGUCUGCCCCCACUAAAGUGGCCUCUCGGAAGGAUCACUCAGACACAUCCUGGGAAAGAUGGGAUAGUACGGGUCGUUACAUUGAAGUCUGCAGUAGCGGAAAAUGUGGUGAGACCAGUCGCAAGGAUUGCCCUGUUGCCAAUUCCUGCAAAUGAGGAACAAACCAGUGCAGAACCACCAAGACCAGUAGACAGUUCAAAGAUCGGUAGAGUUGUCCGUAACUAA